AUGAAGAUAUUGAUCGCCUACAUCCUGUAUCUAGUCGGGGUACGAGGGAGAAUCGCGGAAGCUGUGUCUUUACGCAACAAACUGCCCCGGGACCAUAACCUGACGAUGCUAGAAGUCAGUGCAGGAAAGUGGGCGGGACCCAACGCUAAUUCCGGUGAUAAAGCGCAGCGUUUGGAAAAGAUCUUGCUGGAACUCCAAGACCUCAAGGACAACGUAGAUUUUCACAUGAACAAUUUCCACAACGCAGUCAAAGAGAAGCUCAUUAAAGCUAAAGAAAAGGUGGAUCCUACAGAGCUUGUACAUUUAAAUGAGGCUUGUGAAGAGGUGGAGGACGACAUCAGAAGCAUACAAGCAUCCAUAAAAAAGCAUUGCGAUGACAUGGAGGAGUACUAUAGAAGCGAAGAACAUCGUAAUAUACCUGCUAACGUAACGGAAAAUAUAAACUCUGCAAAAAAACUCAUUAAGAAAUUCGUAAAUGACGGGGUAGAAACACUUGCUGAGGACCUCAAGAAGUUGGCUCAAGAAUUCUCGGUCACACUAAACGAGGAUCAUGCGGAACCUGCCAAGACACAGACCCAUGAACAAACAUCAAAGAACGACGGGAAACGAGGAGAUGUUGCACAACCCCAAAACACUCAAAGCCUAGUGCAGACAAGUGGAGAAAACAGCUCUGCGCAGGUUCGGGACAGCGUAUUAUCGACUGGUGCAACUGCAAAGCCGGGGGAUAGCCUUGUAAAUAAUGGAAAUGAAAGCCAAUUGAAUGGAGGAAUUACUUCCGACAACACAAGUGGAAAUAAUUUUACAGCCACUACACGUCAAAAAGAGAACAAGACACAACAAAAUCAGGCAGGAGGAAACAAUCUACCCGACGGCAAUAUUCAAGGUAACAAUGAUCAUGAAAAACAGAGUGAAGCGCAGCAAGCCACUCCACGCAAUGAAGGUGGACAAAAUAGUACAACAGGAAACACAUAUGCUCAGGAAACAAAAAUUUUGCAGGGCACAGAUAGCCCAAAAAAACAAACGCCACCCGUAGAGGAAAACAAGACCGCCAACAGUGAGAGUGACGAGUCAGCCAAAGCAACGGACUUUUCAAAUGUACCAGCCACCGCCAUAACCAGGACAGUGCGGACAUACCAGCAGAACCUAGACAGAGAGGCAUCUAAACUUAUAACUGAAAUACACAUUUAA